GAUGAAGUUAUCAUCUCAUGCUUGAAAAGGCCGGUGCUUGCAUAUCUGCAUAUAUUUGAUUACGUUGUAAGUGUAAAUCAUGGACAUAAUAUGCCAUGGUUUUAUUAGGAAAUGUGAUUAUCAAGAUGAUAACAUGGCUAUAAUUAUAUAGGGUGUUUGGUCCGUAAUUAGUGUCAUUUAACUGUGAUCUGUAGCAUGAUACAUAGUCUUAUUGAUACCUUUGUUCAGUCUGUAGUAGAAUGGGAACCCGAGCUCGAAAAGGUAGCGAUCGUCUGAGAACAAUUUGGACGCCAGACAUGGAUCGCUAUUUCAUUGAUCUCAUGUUAGAGCAGGUCAGUAAGGGGAAUAGAAUUGAUGACCAUCUAUUUAGCAAACGAGCAUGGAAGCACAUGACGUCAUUAUUCAAUGCAAAAUUCAAGUUCCUAUAUGAAAAGGAUGUUUUGAAAAAUCGUCACAAAACAAUGAGAAAUCUGUAUAGGGCUGUAAAGAAUCUUCUUGACCAGAAAGGGUUUAGCUGGGAUGAAGCACGGCAAAUGGUGACCGCUGAUAAUAAAGUCUGGGAUGAUUAUAUCAAGAUACACCCAGAGGCUCGAUCGUACCGAAUAAAAAGUAUCCCAUAUUAUAGUGAUUUGUGUGAGAUAUACAAACAGGCAACCAACACUGGUAAAGGUAACCUUUCUAGCCAAAACGCCAGCCUCGACUGUAUGGUACCAGGAUCAGAGGCUGGUAGUUUGUUGGAAGGUCCAGAGUCUCCUGUUACCCCCUCUGAUGACAGGGAACAAGAUGACAAGUGGGUGGAAUCAUCCACACAUUCAGAUGGGAACACAAUCGUAGCAGUCAGUCAGCCAAGCAAUGUUGGUGAGGCUGCUUUUGAGGCUCUUCAUGAUAUAAAGAUUGAUGAAGAUUAUGAAACCUCGGUGUCAAAAAGAACUGUUGGUGACCCACCUCAACCUGCACAAGAUAUGGGCUCCACAAUGGGUUCUCGUACGAGGACUUAUUGGCAACCACCAAUGGACCGUUAUUUCAUUGACCUCAUGCUAGGCCAAGUGCAGAAAGGGAACCAGAUUGAUGGUCUAUUUCGGAAGGAAGCCUGGACGGAGAUGAUUGCAUCUUUUAAUGCUAAAUUUGGCUUUAAGUAUGACAUUGAUGUCUUGAAAAAUCGAUAUAAAACUCUGAGAAGGCAAUAUAACGUGAUAAAGAAUCUUCUGGAGUUGGAUGGGUUUGUAUGGGACGACACACGUCAAAUGGUGACUGCUGAUGAUUGCAUCUGGCAAGAUUACAUCAAGGCACAUACAGAUGCGAGGCAAUACAUGACCAGACCAGUGCCGUACUAUAAAGAUUUGUACGUGAUAUGCAGAGAACUAAGUGUUGAUGGAAGAGAUAGUAUUUCUGGCCAUAAUUUAGACCAACUAAAUGAAGACCCUGAGGUCAGGUUCAGUAGAGCAGUAAAAGGUUCAGACUCUCCAGUUCCAUCAGUUUCUAAUGAAGAUCAAGUUGGCGAUGAGCAGGAGUCAUCACAUAUGGUUUUUAAGAUUGAUGUUGCUGAUAGAAAGGACAAGCGUCAAUUAGUAGAAUACGAAUCAAGUUCUAGACAUUCCAAAAAAUCACGAAGCAACGACCAGGGCAUGGCUAUUGCUCUUCAUGAGAUGGCAACUGCUGUUUCUUCCUUGACAGAUAAGAGAAAAGAUGAUGAGAACUCAAACUCCAUCCCGAUAGAGAAUCUUAUCGAGGCAAUCCAGUCCCUACCAGACAUGGAUGAAGACCUUGUGUUGGAUGCAUGCGAUUUUCUGGAGGAUGAAAAGAAGGCAAAGACAUUUUUGGCACUUGAUGUUAAACUGCGGAAGAAGUGGCUAAUUAGGAAACUUCGUCCAAUCCCAUAGUAUCUAGCUGGAUUCGUAAUAUCAAAUCCUAUCUAUUUGCAAGAUCGUGCAUGGGCUCGUAGGAAUCUAACUCAUAGUAAGCAAGAGCGCGGGGAAGGAGGGAGUGGGAACCAGAAAGAUUCCUACGACAGAUCCGAGCCCCCCAACAAUAGAGCUUAACAAAAUUUGGAGGUUAGCCUUUUGUCGCGCCAGGUCUAGCAAUUAAGUAGUUUUGUGUUGUGAAGUUUGUAGUUUGAUAGUGGCUUUUUGUCCGACUGAACAGUAUAGUUGUUCCCUCCCCAAGUAAACACUGUUCAAAAAAAAGAAGAGUAUAGCUCAUCGUAGUGAACAUGGGAUUUUUACUGCCUAAAAGACUCAGUUUCAAGAAUGUGGUA